GCUCUGUGCCGAUUUGGACCAGAGCAGCGGCGCACCGAACGCACUGCGCUCGACACGCGCGGGGAGACGAGUGCUCGUGAGCCCCGGUGGUUCAUUCCCUCGGUGCUGAGUUAGCGCGCCAGCGUGUCCGGGGUUCCGCGCCACUGCAGCUCGCUAGCUACUACUAGUAGUAGUAGUAGUAGUACUCGAAAGCGACCGAGCCAGGGCGAAGGCGCACACCCCACUCUACCCGGGCAGUUCGCAAUCCGAUUGAUUGUUCCUCCCCGUUUCGCCCUUUCCGAACCAUGACGGCGGUCAUGUCGCCCGGCUCGUCUCCCGCAACCUCACCACCCGACAUCGCGUCUCCGGCUGCCAGUUCGGCGCAUCCCGUGCUCCCCCCACUGAUCACCUCGCCGCCCGCUCGCAGGAGCAACCUGCCGCGCCCAAUGUCCCACGCUUCCAAGAACCGCUUGUCGCAAUACUCGACGACAAGCUCGAUUCCCACGAGGUCACGGCCGCCUUCCUUCGUCUUCCCCAUCUUCCCCUCGAGUCUGCCCUAUACCAUCGUUCGAGACUUCGCGUAUCCGGCAUCGCACCCUAUGCACUAUGGCCCCCCGCCCGAGCCCUCAAGGCCACCGUCCGGCAUGACCACGCCGGCUAGUGAGCACCGGCGCCUUUCCGACCCGCCAGCGGCAUGGGAGAGCAGGACAAGCUGGGACGACCACUCGUGGAGCAGCGGGUUCUACAACCGGCCGCCCGACCUGCCCUCGAUCCAGUUCGCCGACGGCCCGCCAUGGAGCGAGGAUGAGGAUCUUCAGAGCCCUGUGGUCAGCUCGAGACAUAGGAAGCACAAGAGCUCCUCGGGCGGUUCCCUUAUGAAGAGCCGGGGCAGUCGCGAUGCCCAAGCGAACUUUGACCGCGAGCGGGGAUAUUAUGUCGGCACCGGCGCGGACGGCAGCGAGCGGUACUAUGCCAGCAACGAGGGCGGCGAGGCCAACGGACCGGGCGGCGAGUAUGUCACGUAUCCGCCGGAUCAGGCGCGGCACGGCAGCGACACAUACCAGGUGGCAAACCAGCAGCCGCGCCAGUUCGGCGAAGCGGGCGGCGGUUAUGGAUCGGACGACUCGAGCACGUGUUCCUCGCCGGGCCACUUCAGCACAGACGAGUCGCGGUACUCGCGCGACUACCAGUUUACCAUCACAUCGCCCGACGAGGAAAUGCACGGUAAGGCCGUCGCGCUCUUUGACUUUGAGCGGGAGAACGAGAGCGAGCUGCCGCUCGUGGAAGGCCAGAUCAUCUGGGUAUCGUACCGGUACGGCGAGGGCUGGCUUGUGGCCGAGGAUCCCAAGACGCAGGAAAGCGGUCUCGUGCCGGAAGAAUAUGUCCGCCUGCUGCGCGACAUCGAAGGCGGCAUGACGAGCCUGACCGGCCACCUCCACGCGGGCGACGGCAGUCCCGCCAGCCCCGGCACCAACGACGUCGGCACGCCCACCCAGGCGGAGCACUCGUCGGCCGCGCAGCAGCAUCAGCAGCAGCAGCAGCAGCAGCAGCAGCCACAUUCUCCCGCCGUCACCACAGCAAGCGGCUCGUCCGCCGCGACAAACAACACGGCGUCGACAUCCACAACCACCAACGGCUACCACCAACCAAUCGUCUCCACCUUUUCCACAUCCAGCAAGGACCUCGAUCCGUACCCGCAGCAUCUCCUAGGCACGCAGGCGGGGCAGCCCCCGCCGCAGGUCGUCCACUAUCACGGCCAGCGUGGCGGCAGCCAGGCCAACACCCCGACGCUGGCCAUUCACCAAGGCUUCGGGUCCAGGAGGGCGAGCCAGGAUACAUUGACGACUACGAAAAGGGGCGAGGCAGCAGGCGGGGCGCUGGAGACGCUGCCCGAUGCGAGGCUGGAGACGUCUGGGGCGGGCUCAGGGUUGCCGAAGAAGCGGGAGUCUAGGUGAUAUAUACAAAUAUCCCCAGGAGAGGGGACAACUGAAGCUUUUUGUGGAGGUCCGGCGGAAGGCGUGCGGCGUCGGAGGGUGGGGAGGGCAUAUGCGUCUCGAGGCAUUCCAUUUUGCAAUACAAACAAGGGGAUCGGCGGGUUCUACAAUACGACCCGCGCGGGGUGACUUUUGGGUGGUUCAGCGGUUCAA